GCCAACCAUCGAUUAACUAUAGCCGAAUAUGAAUAUUUCGGAGACAAGGCUCGUUUUUUACACUUAGCAGCUUUUCUAAACAGCUGAUUAAAAAUGGAAGUCCUGAAUGAGAGCGUCCCGCAGGCAGUUUCAAAGUCCCAAAAAAAUGGCAUCUCCACGGGAGGGAAAAUUCUGAUAGCGGCUACCGGCGGUAUUGGCAUCGGCCUGUCCAUUGUCUGCGCCUCCUUUGUAGCACCCGCAUUCAGGCGGAUUUGUCUACCAUAUGUGCCAGCCACCAGCGAACAAAUACAGAAUGUCCUGAGCUUUUUGCCCAAGGCCGCGGACGGAAAACUGUUGGACAUAGGCUCGGGAGACGGGCGCAUCGUUGUGGCGGCGGCCCAGCACCAUAGAGCUCUGAGAACUGACGGCGUUGAGCUAAAUCCAUGGCUUGUAUACUACUCCCGCCUGGCUGCAUUGCAUCACGGGGUUUCCAAGCAGACGAGAUUCUUCCGGCAAGAUCUAUGGAAGUUCGAUAUCAAAGACUACAACUUCGUGGUCAUAUUCGGAGUGGAGCAGAUGAUGCAGGACCUGGAACAUAAAUUGGUCGCCGAAUGUCCGCACAACACCAAGAUCAUUGCGUGCCGCUUCCCACUGCCCAGCCUGCAGCACGUUAAGAUAAUCGAGGAUGGAGUAAACACCGUGUGGUUCUACGACGUGAAAAAAGAAAGCGGAAACAGCUAGCAAGAGUU